UCAUCACAUUUAAAUCAGUUCUUCUUUAAAUACAGGAAAUGGUCAACAGCUAUAUGAAUGUCCAAUGUGUGAUCUUGUCUGUGCAAAUGGUCAGAUUCUCCAGGAACAUGUUGACUUGCACCUAGAAGAGCACCGCUUUUCAGAAGUCCAUGCCACCCAACCUGUCAUGGAUCUGAUAAAGUUUGUCUGCGGGAGUCCUGGUCUUUUGGAACUAGUAAGGUCCAACAGAUUGGAGCUCUUCUUUAGCAAACUAAAGGAGAAUUUUUUCAGACACAGAAGAUGCCUCCUUGGUAGCAUUUACGAGUGCUGCUUGUCAGAUAUAAAUGUAGGUGGAAGUUUAAGUGAUUUGGAACUGGCUCAGCAGCUCCAGAAUGAAGAAGACAGACAGCAAGGAUUAGAAGAAGCAAGACGAGAAAGAGAAGAAUUCCAAAAACUGCAGAGACAAUAUGGAUUGGAUAGUUCUGGAGGCUACAAGCAGCAGUCACUAAAGAACAUGGAACGGGAAGUAGCUAGGGGAAGGAUGCAGCCUUCUGAAUAUCAUAAGAGAAAAGCUGACAUGAUGGAAUCUUUGGCUUUUGGUGUAGAUGAUGGGAAAACAAAAACCUCAGGAGUCAUUGAAGCACUGUGCAGGUACUAUCAAAAUGAAAUCAAAGAUGUAAGGCGUGUAUGGCUUUCUACAGGAGUGGAUCACUUCCAUUCAUCUUUGGGAGACAGAGGUUGGGGUUGUGGCUACAGGAACUUUCAAAUGCUGCUUUCUUCAUUAUUGAGGAAUGGCAUGUAUGAUGACUGUUUGAGAGAUAUUACUUUAAUUCCUUGUAUUCCCAAAAUUCAGUCCAUGAUUGAAGAUGCUUGGAAAGAAGGUUUUGAUCCUCAAGGAGCAUCUCACUUCAGCAAUAGAUUACAUGGUACCAAGGCAUGGAUAGGAGCAUGUGAAAUUUAUUCUCUGUUAACCAGUCUCAGGUUAAAGUGUCAAAUCAUUGACUUUCACAAGCCAACUGGCCCCUUGGGUACACACCCUCGUUUAUUUGAAUGGGUUUUGAGCUACUAUUCUUCAAACAGAGAAAGUGGUACAAAGGUUGUCUGUACCCCCAAACCACCUAUCUACAUGCAGCACCAAGGGCAUAGCCGUACUAUUGUUGGCAUAGAAGAGAGGAAGAAUAGAACAUUAUGUUUACUAAUAUUUGACCCAGGAUGUCCAUCACAAGAAAUGCAGAAACUUUUAAAACAAAGCAAUGAUGAUACCAGUCUCAAACUACUUCGGAAAUUUGUGGGUAGCUUAAAAGAUAAGCAGUACCAAAUAGUGGCUGUAGAUGGCGAGCUCUCACCAGAGGAGAAAGUUGUUCGGUGCCAGGCUUCUCAAGUGUUCACAGCAGCGAGGAUUCCUUAAAAGAAUGGCCUAUUUGCUACUGUUCUCUGGAACUCCGUGGAUGUGAAACUUUAAAUGCAUUUAGACAGCUUUUCAAUCAUCGUAUUUAUAAUGUGUUAAUAUUUUUCAGCAUCUUUAAUUAUAUCUUGCCAAAAAAAUGUUUGUCCUGCUAAUUUUUUAAUAAAUAUUUAUAGGCUUCAUGAUUGUGUACUCUAUACUCUGCAGGAAUAUAAGGUUGGGCCUUAUGUUAGCCCUGUAGGAUAAUAAAGUGGGGAAUCUGAUCAAUUUACUGGAGUAUGGAAGAU